AUGCAACGAUGUAACGACAUCGGCACCAUUCUUUCCUCUCCAUGGAGGACGAAAAACAAUUGGAGGAACACCUAGGACAAAACUUCAAGGAGCAAGACACGGACCUCAUGCUCCAGUCAGUUGAGAAAAACGAGGUUUCAUUCACAGAAAACAGACGUACCAGGCUCUCGGAUUCACAACUCCAAGAAAUGCAGCUCUCCCCAGAGUUCAGUGGUGAGCUCGUGAGAGUGAAAUCGGAAGCACUCGAUGUUGCAUGCCUACCACAAGGGGGCCAGGUCCAGCAACAACAGUGCACAGAGUAUCCAUCAGGAGGUGAUGCUUAUGUGACGACAGCGGGGAUGUGUCACGUCAAACAAGAACCUCGAGGGGACUCUUCGAAUGACCGUUCAAUCACAGUUGUGAAAACAGAGCCUUACAACGAUGAAAUCUUGGCAGGGCAGGACCUGACGGGACACAGCUGUCACUCAGCAUCAGAAGGAGCAAGAGAAGGUGUGCUCCAUAUUAAGGACCAGCCCAGAGGCACUUGCAAUCAAGAACCUUCAGGCUGCACUUCUUCAAACGCACAGCUCGAGAUCAGCACAACAACAGUUGAACUGCAAGACGACAACACUGCACUACUCACUAUGAACGAUCAGCCCACGGAUCGACCUCCAGACCUGAGCAAGCCAUGUGCACUUGCAUACAUGACGAAAGACAGCCUCAAACACCACAUGCUUGCACACAGUCACGAUGAGUCUGAAAAGUCUCCCACUACUCCUCCAACAGAUGUUCAGAUCGGAGAGAAGGGUUCUGGGUGCAACGUCUGCCCCUCUGCAUUCUCAUGGUCUGACAAUCAUGUGUCCAAGCAUACUGACCAGAAGCCAUGCAAGUGCGACCUUUGUCCUACACAGUUCAGCCAGUGCACGAGGCUGUGGAGUGACAGGCGAACACACGCGGGCGAGAAGCCACACAAGUGUAACCUCUGCCCCUCAGAGUUCAGACAGAGUACACAUCUAGAGCAUCACAAGCGGACCCACACAGGCGAGAAACCAUACAAGUGCGAUGUCUGCCCUGCAGAGUUCGGCCGGAGUGGGCACUUACAAGAUCACAGACGGACACACACGGGCGAGAAGCCACACAAGUGCGAUCUCUGUCCUGCAGAGUUCAGCUAUAGCACGAGCUUGUCGUAUCACAAACGAAAACACACGGGUGAGAAGCCCUAUAAGUGCGAUCUCUGUCCUGCAGCGUUCAGUCAUAGCACGGGCCUGUGGUAUCACAAGCGAAAACACACGGGCGAGAAGCCAUUCAAGUGCAAUCUCUGCCCUGCAGAGUUCAGCCACGGCACGAGCCUGGCACGUCACAGGCGAGCACACACGGGCAAGAAGCCACACAAGUGCGAUCUGUGUCCUGCAGAGUUCAGCCACUGCACGUACCUACAGCGUCACAAGAGGACACACACGGGCAAGGAGCCAUACAAGUGCGAUCUCUGUCCUGCAAUAUUCAACCAGAGCACAUACCUACAGCGUCACAAGAGAACACACACGGGCGAGAAGCCAUACAAGUGCAACCUGUGUCCUGCGGGGUUCAGACAGAGCACAACCCUGUCACGUCACAAGCGGACACACAUCUGCGAGAAGCCAUACAAAUGUGAUCUCUGUCCUGCAGAGUUUAGCCAGAGGAUGUACUUACAGCGUCACAAGCGGACGCACACGGGCGAGAAGCCGUACAAGUGCAAUCUCUGCCCUGCAGAGUUCAGACAGAGCACAACCCUGUCACGUCACAAGCGAACACACACGAGUGAGAAGCCAUACAAGUGCGCCCUCUGUCCUGCAGAAUUCAGCCAGAGUACAUACUUACAACGUCACAAGCGGACACAUACGGGUGAGAAGCCGUACAAGUGCAAUGUCUGUCCUGCAGUGUUCAGACAGAGCAGGACCCUCUCACGUCACAAGCGAACACACGAGUGAGAAGCCAUAAAAGUGUGAUAUAUGUCCUACAGAGUUUAGCCAGAGUACAUACGUGCAACGUCACGAGCGGACACACACACAGGUGAGAACCCGUACAAGUGACUCUGACCUGCAGGGUUCAGACAGAGCACGACCCUGUCACUUCACUAGCGAACACACGGGAGAAGACAUAUAAAAGUGCGACCUCUGCCCUGCAGAGUUCAGCCAGAGUACAUACCUACAACGUUACAAGCGGAUACACUCCGGUGAGAAGCCGUUCAAGAGCAAUCUCUGUCCUGCAGGGUUCAGACAGAGCACGACCCUGUCACAUCACAAGCAAACACACACAUGGGUGAGCAGCCAUAAAAGUGCAACCUCUGUCCUGCAGUGUUCAUCCACAGCACUAACUUGCGCUGCAAUCUCUGUCCUGCAGAAUUCAGCCACAGCAUGGCCCUGGGCAUCACAUGUGGACAUCCACAGGUGAGAAGCCAUAAAGGAGCAUUCUCCUGUUCUGCAGACCUGAGGCACAACACAAACCUGCAGUGUGUAACAAGAAGACCUACGUGGGCGUGGAGCCAUACGAAUGAGACCCGCAAAUCUGUCCUGCAGAGUUCAUGCGCAGCAGGAACACACAGCAGAGACAGAACAAGCUUCUUGCAGAGCACGAGCGGGACACACUUGGGAUAGAAACUGUACAAGUGCAGAGGCCGUCCAAGUGCCAAUUCUGUUCUGUCGCAUAUCCUGACCCCGGAGAUAGGGUUACCACCAGGCCGGUAUUAUUAUACCGGCAGGGCCGGUUAUUUGCGUGCUCUGCCGGUUGCCGGUAGGAAGGUGAUACCGGCAGCCUUUUGCCGGUAUUUGUGGCUCAAGACCUUUCAUGAGGGCUUUUACGGGGUUUUCCCUUCAACAUACCACUACAGCUUGAAUAAAUCUGGAGCGCAGACCCAACUCCGCAGUCACCAGUCGUUUUCUUAGUUAUUCAUUAUUAUGAUUAUUCAUUGUUAUUAUUAUCAUUGUUAUUCACUAAGUCUUGUAUUCGCUGGGGACAAGAGCAGUGGUUGUGCAAGGCUGGUGGUGGUUGUGUCGGGCCAGCUAGAACGUUCCUCACCCACUUUCCCUUUCCCACGAGCCUUUCCUCCUUCCCCUCUAUUCCACCCCCUCUCCCUCAGCCGGUAUUUUUCACUCCGAAAGGUGGCAACCCUACCCGGAGACCUGAAGAAGCACAUGGUAAUGCAUGGAGAGCAAACACUGUACACACACAGAAUCCGUAUCUUACCAUAUUUAAUUAUUGUUUGAUGUUUCGAAACUCGCACACAUGAACAGACUGAGGUUAGAGAGUUGGAUUGGGGGGUGGAUUUGGGUGGUGACGCGUGUCAAAUGAAAAAAAGAAAAAAAAAAAACAGUGCCAGGGAACAAACAAACAAACAAGAAAAGGGCAUCCUCGCACAGGCUCCGAACUGCACAACAUGGUUGCAUUGCAUUCUUUCCCUUUCGAUUCCUCUCGUAGUGAAUGCUAAUCCUCUUCAACUUUUUCACAGGCAAUUUGAUGCUUUGUAUGUACUUGUCCCUUCUAUGUUGUUCCAGCCUCAGAACAUCAUUCCUCUCAUGCUCUUCCACUCAGUUUGUACCCUGCGUCUCCUGAACCGAUGAAAUAAAGAAAUUAACCCACCCAAAGAAAUGAAAAAAAUAUUUCUACAAGACGUGACAGCUUGUAAGCAGAAUCGUGAGAAUUACCUUUUGGGUCACGAUCACGCGUUGUGGAAUGCGUUACAAUUUGUGAACGACAUCUCAAGAGCAGUCAUUGAGAGAGUGUGGUACGAGGUAUAAAAGCGGUGGCCUCAGUCUCGAGAAAGGUUUUUGUGC